CCUUGUUGAGGCUCCUUCCAGUAAUUGAACAAGCAGAGACUGGGUGCUUUACAGGAAAACACUGGUCAUAUUAUCUCAGAUCUCCACGACCCUGAGAUUCAACAAAACACUACGUUGGAUUGGACUUUGCGGACUACUUCGAGGGGUCUGAAUUGAAGAAAGAAAUCAGGUGAGAGGAUCAAUGAUGAACAUCUCUGAGACCAGUUGGCUUGGACUUUUUUAAUCAGAACCUUUUAGUCAGAACACAAACCUGCCACAAACCAUCAGCACCAAGGCGCCAUGGCAUGCUCCCUGUGGAAACUACACACCCUCUGCUGGUUUCUCUUCACGCUAGCCCAUGUGCACUCCACAGAGGGGUUUAGUCGAGCUGCCCUGCCAUUUGGCUUAGUACGGAGAGAGCUGUCUUGUGAGGGUUACCCCAUCGAUCUGCGGUGUCCAGGAAGUGAUGUCAUAAUGAUCGAAAGUGCCAACUAUGGCCGAACGGAUGACAAGAUCUGCGACGCAGACCCUUUCCAGAUGGAGAACAUCAACUGCUAUCUUCCAGAUGCCUACAAAAUCAUGUCACAGAGGUGCAACAAUCGGACUCAAUGUAUUGUGAUCACGGGUUCAGAUGUCUUCCCUGACCCCUGCCCAGGGACGUACAAGUACCUGGAGGUCCAGUAUGAGUGUGUGCCCUACAAAGUGGAGCAAAAAGUUUUUCUUUGUCCUGGGACUCUGAAAGCUGUCGGUGAUCCUUCCUUUGUAUUUGAAGCGGAGCAACAAGCUGGUGCCUGGUGCAAAGACCCACUUCAAGCUGGCGACAAAAUCUACUUCAUGCCUUGGACUCCAUACAGGACAGACACACUCAUUGAGUAUUCCUCCCUGGAUGACUUCCAAAAUGCCCGACAAACCAUCACCUACAAGCUGCCCCACCGGGUAGAUGGGACCGGAUUUGUGGUCUACGACGGGGCUGUGUUUUUCAACAAGGAGCGCACCCGCAACAUCGUGAAGUUUGACCUGCGGACUCGGAUCAAAAGUGGCGAGGCGAUCAUCAAUAAUGCCAACUACCACGACACGUCGCCCUACAAGUGGGGUGGUAAAACAGACAUUGACCUGGCGGUAGACGAAAAUGGCCUGUGGGUGAUCUACGCCACAGAGCAGAACAAUGGCAUGAUGGUAAUCAGCCAGUUGAACCCCUACACGCUGCGUUUCGAGGCUACCUGGGACACGGCCUAUGAUAAGCGCUCAGCCUCCAAUGCCUUCAUGGUUUGCGGAGUACUCUAUGUGGUCCGCUCCACCUACGAAGACAAUGAAAGUGAGGUCAGCAAGAGCCUGAUUGAUUACAUUUACAAUACCAAACAGAACCGUGGGGAAUACGUUGAUAUCCACUUUCCCAACCAGUACCAGUACAUUGCAGCUGUGGAUUACAAUCCGCGUGAUAACCAGCUUUAUGUAUGGAAUAAUUUUUACAUCCUGCGAUACAAUCUGGAGUUUGGCCCACCUGACCCGGCACAUGCUCCACCACUGUCAGAAGUCACCGUGUCCCCUCAGCCUCAGAGAACUACAACCACCACCACCACAACAACCACGGCGCACUGGGGUGUGGCCAACACCACCACCACAACAGGGCUCAGGGAAGGCAGCAGGGGAGCUCCCCGGCCGCCUCCUGUGAUUCCACAGACUACUUCCCCUCCACCCCUCGAGUCCUUCCCUUUACCUGAGCGCUUCUGCAAGGCCACCGAGGAAAGAGACAUAACGUGGCCUCAGACCCCGAGGGGCAUGCUUGUGGAGCGGCCUUGCCCCAAAGGAACACGAGGCACAGCCUCUUAUUUAUGUGUCCUUUCCAAUGGGACCUGGCACCCUAAGGGCCCUGAUCUCAGCAACUGUACCUCCCACUGGGUCAACCAAGUAGCCCAGAAGAUCCGCAGCGGUGAAAAUGCAGCUAACUUGGCCAACGAGUUAGCCAAGCACACCAAAGGCCCCAUCUUUGCCGGGGACGUCAGCUCCUCGGUGCGCCUGAUGGAGCAGCUGGUGGACAUCCUGGAUGCUCAGCUGCAGGAGCUCAGACCCAGCGAGAAGGAUUCUGCAGGACGGAGCUUUAACAAGCUUCAAAAACGAGAAAGGACAUGCAGGGCAUACAUGAAGGCCAUUGUGGACACUGUAGAUAACCUUCUGCGACCGGAGGCCCUGAAGUCAUGGCAGGACAUGAACAGCACCGAGCAGACGCACGCAGCCACCAUGUUACUGGAUACCUUAGAGGAAGGGGCUUUUGUCCUCGCCGACAACCUCAUGGAACCCGCCAUUGUCAAAGUUCCUGCAGAAAAUAUAAUCCUUGACGUGUAUGUACUCAGCACGGAUGGCCAGGUCCAGGAUUUUAAAUUCCCACAGUCCAGCGAGAGCGGCAUCUCAAUCCAGCUGUCGGCCAACACCGUCAAGCUCAACAGUCGGAAUGGAGUUGCCAAGCUGGUUUUUGUGCUCUACAAGAACCUGAGCCAGUUCCUCAGUGCAGAAAACGCCACCAUCAAGAUGGCCAACGAGGCUUAUGGCCGCAACGUGUCAGUGGCUGUCAACUCUGACAUCAUCGCCGCCUCAAUCAACAAAGAGUCCAGCCGUGUAUUCAUUAAUGACCCGGUGAUUUUCACCCUGAAGCACAUUAAUAUGGAGCACUACUUCAACUCCAAUUGCUCCUUCUGGAAUUACUCUGAGAGGAGUAUGAUGGGCUACUGGUCCACCCAAGGCUGCAAACUCCUGGACUCCAAUAAAACACACACCACCUGCUCCUGCAACCAUCUCACCAACUUUGCCAUCCUCAUGGCGCACCGUGAAAUCUCAGGUAACAACAUAGGGCACGAGCUGCUUCUGACUGUCAUCACUCGAGUCGGGAUCGUGGUGUCCCUCGUCUGCCUCGCCAUCAGCAUCUUCACCUUCUGCUUCUUCCGGGGCCUGCAGAGCGAUCGCAACACCAUCCACAAGAACUUGUGCAUCAAUCUUUUCAUCGCAGAGUUAAUAUUCCUAAUUGGUAUCGAUAUGACGGAACCGACGAUUGGAUGCGCCAUCAUCGCUGGGAUCCUCCACUUCUUCUUCCUGGCUUCCUUCUCCUGGAUGUGUCUUGAGGGAGUCCAGCUGUACCUCAUGCUGGUGGAGGUCUUUGAGAGCGAAUACUCACGGAAAAAGUACUACUACGUGUCCGGUUACCUCUUCCCUGCCAUCGUGGUGGGCGUCUCCGCAGCUAUUGACUACAAGAGCUACGGGACCGAGAAGGCGUGCUGGCUAAGUGUGGACAAUCAUUUCAUAUGGAGUUUUAUAGGACCUGUCACCUUUAUCAUCAUGCUCAAUCUCAUCUUCCUGGUCAUCACAAUGUACAAAAUGGUGAAGCACUCCACCACCCUGAAACCAGACUCUAGCCGACUGGAGAAUAUAAAAUCCUGGGUCAUGGGAGCCUUCGCUUUGUUGUGUCUGCUGGGUCUCACGUGGUCUUUCGGUCUCUUCUUCAUCAACGAGGCUUCGAUUGUCAUGGCGUACCUCUUCACUAUCUUCAACACCUUCCAAGGAAUGUUUAUCUUCAUCUUCCACUGCCUCCUCCAGAAAAAAGUCCGCAAAGAGUACAGCAAGUGCUUCCGCCACACGUACUGCUGCGGAGGGCUGCCGACCGAGAGCUCGCACGGUUCUGCAAAGACUUCCACCACACGGACCAGCGCUCGCUACUCCUCUGGUACACAGAGUCGUAUCAGGAGAAUGUGGAAUGACACCGUAAGAAAACAAUCUGAGUCCUCCUUUAUCUCAGGUGACAUCAACAGCACCUCCACCCUUAACCAAGGAAUGACCGGGAAUUACCUACUAACAAAUCCUCUUCUUCGACCACAAGGCACUAACAACCCUUAUAACACCUUACUGGCUGAGACAGUCGUAUGUAACACCCCCACGGCUCCAGUGUUUAACUCGCCAGUGACCUACAGAGAGACAAGGCAUUCACUGAACAAUGCGAUGAGGGAUACAAGUGCAAUGGAUACUCUACCGCUAAAUGGUAACUUUAACAAUAGCUACUCACUCCGCAAUGGGGACUUUGGCGACAGCGUGCAGGUAGUAGACUGCGGCCUCAGUCUGGACGAUGCUGCCUUUGAGAAAAUGAUCAUCUCCGAGCUAGUACACAACAACCUGCGUGCCUGUAACAAAAGCCACCAACAGCAACAGCAGCAGCACCCCAGUUUACAUCAUCCGCCCCAUCACCAGCAGCCCCCGCAGUACCACCAUCACCCCCACGUGGAGCGGGCUCCGCCCAAGGUGACGGUGGUAGGCGGCAGCAGCAGCGAAGAUGACGCUAUCGUCGCUGAUGCUUCGUCUUUGGUGCACAUGGGUGACACAGUGGGCCUUGAGCUGCACCAUCAGCAGGAGCUGGAGGCGCCGCUCAUCCCGCAGCGGACUCACUCGCUUCUGUAUGCACCCCAGAAGAAGGUGAGGACCGAUGGGGCAGUCGAUACCUUUGUCAGCGAGCUGACACCCACCGCCGCCGACGAUAGUCUGCAGUCCCCUAACAGAGACUCCUUGUACACUAGUAUGCCUAAUCUGAGGGACUCUCCAUGCCCCGAGAGCAGCCCUGAAGUGGUGGAGGAUCUGUCCCCAUCCAAGGGGAGUGAGAAUGAGGAGGUUUACUACAAGAGCAUGCCUAAUUUAGGGGCUGGCCACCAGCUCCAAGCCUACUACCAGAUAGGCCGAGGGAGCAGCGAUGGUUACAUUAUUCCUAUUACUACAGAGGGCUGCGUCCCUGAAGGCGAUGUACGGGAAGGACAGAUGCAGUUAGUGACAAGCCUUUAAAUGUAUUUAAAUCAUCCCCAAAGUUCUUCUCGCCCUUUUGCAGCCCAGACCUCUUGGAGGACACACAAGUGAAGGGGAAGGGGAGUGUUUGUUUUAUUUUCGAAGAGAGCCAAGAAGCUCCGUCACACUCACUAGCCAUUUACCAACCGUGCUCCUCCUCCUUCAGCUGCCAUCUCCUGCUCCCCUAACACGCCUCCCUUCCUCCCCUCUCUGCAGACCAACAGACUUGGUGCAUAGCGAUGGCAGUGCAAAGUUUCGGUGAGACUGUACAUAAAUGCAGAGUCGAAUUUCAAUUUUAAGAGACAAGCCAACUAUGUAUUUAAAUGUGCUGCUGCUGUUGAAUAAUUGAGAAAAUUUUAAGGUACGAAAAUUAAAAAAAAAAAAAAAAGACAAAAAACAAAAAAAAACGAGGAAACAUUACUGGCUACAUCAGAUCAGCAACUUCCCGGUCAAAAUAUUGUACAUACACUCCCCAACAUCCUUGUUGAAGCCUGUUUUUUUGUUUGUUUGUUUGUUUGUUUUUUGAAUUAUUGUAAACGAAACAACACCCCUGGACCAGGACAUGGACUUUGUUUGUAAAAUGAUCCUGAUCAAACUGUUAGAAAAGGAGUAUCAGCUCCUGGCAUCCCAGAGUCUCCAUCACCAUGAAGUUUGGAUUGUAUAACCACUAGCAAUCAAGCCCCUGGCCUUAUAUUUUCUCAACUGUACAUUGAACUGUUGUCAAGGAAAAUGGCUAAAAUAUAUAUUUUGUUGUAUUGCUAGCGUAAAAUAAAAAAUCAUGGGAAACCGUAAAUAUGAAGAAACCUCUUAAUUGCAAAAUUUAACAUUUGAGAGACUAUUGUGUAGAAGUUGCACAUAUGUUAUACAGCGUGUUAAUGGUUCCAACACUUCAUUCAUGGUAGUGUAUUUGAACGUAAAGGCUUUUGAAAAGUAAGGAGGAUUCGAUGCAUUAUCACCUUUUCCACUUGUGAACAGUGUUUUUUGCUUAUUGAGUUCCAUCGUUACCGCCCAUUGAAAUAUAUCUAUUUGAUUUUGCCAAAGUAUCAUUACUUAAGUAGAAUGGGAAUGCAAAUACCCAGUUAAAGUGAUUUAUGCAUUGCACAGUUUUUUUGUGUAACUCUGAAUGAAAUAGAUCUUUUUAACAGUCAUGGCAGAGUAAAGGGGAAGCAAAAAUGAAACUGACUUUUGACAAUAAAGUUUCUAUCAUAAAUGUAGUUGUUCCGCCUGGUUUGGACAUUUUAUUUAUUGAAAUCUUUCCAAAAAAUUAAUGGGAAAUGUGUGAAUAUUUUCCAGCACUGGUAUACAUGCUGUACUGUAGCUCAUGUUUUCUAUGUAAACAUGUUACCAAGGGGCUCAUCACUUAAGACUGAUGUAAAGUUCAACACUUGUUUAACAAAUAAAAUAAAUGUGAGAUUUUUUGUCAAUUGCCAGUUGCUUUUUAAUGGUUUGUGUUUUUGGUACUAUUUGAGAAAAUAAGUUUUAAUUAUUUUGCUAUGGACAAAACACACUUUUGACUCAGGUUAUAAGUAAGUCCCGAGCACCUUGAAAGGUAAAAUGGUGAAUUUGUUUUCUGAGGGAUUUAUUUGCUUUUUGUUCUGCUUUUUCUUCCAUCGCUGCAGAGUAGAGAGAACUCCUUUCACCGUAUGUGUUAGAGAAGCCAAAUCUUUCCAUGUGAUUCAAAGAUGAGAAACUCAGGUAGGAAAAUUGCAUUGUAAAUGUUCUUCUGUGUGGUUGUAACUCUAAUAAAGGCUCAAAAAUGA